AUGGAAGCUCUCCUUGAUAUUACCAUCCUCUCUUGGAAUAUUAGAGGGGCUCACAAUAACAAUGCAAGAAGAAACCUUAAAGAUUUGAUGAGAAAACACAACCCAACCUUCAUAGCAAUUUAUGAGACUCAUGUUCCUUAUCUUAGACUAUCCACUUUCUGGGCUAACACUGAUUAUACCCCCGUUCACAUCAUAGAAGCCAAUGGCCAUUCUGGAGGAAUUUGGCUUCUAAAACACUCCGCUACAAACAUUUUAACUACUAUCACUGAUUCUAACCAUCACUCCCUAACCUUCACCAUUAACCGUGGCAAUGCUUCCUCCUUUUGCACUUGCAUCUAUGCAAGCCCUAACCCAACCCAACGCCCCACCCUUUGGACUCAUUUAAUAAAUCUCAACCACUCCAUUGAUGCGCCAUGGAUGAUCAUAGGUGAUUUCAACGAAACUCUCCUACCAAGUGAACAAAGAGGUGGCGUUUUCAACCAUAGCCGAGCUGCCUCCUUCUCAAAUUUUAUGAAUUCUUGCAAUCUCCUUGACCUCACAACCACGGGCGGAAAGUUUACUUGGCAUAGAAACAAUAAUGGCAUCCGCAUUCUCUCCAAAAAGCUUGAUAGAGGUUUGGCUAAUGUUAACUGA